AUAUGUUUUGUAUCUGUCAAAGUCGUUGCAUCAUUGAACACAAAAAAAACCUAAGGAAAGUUUUUGAACACCAAUUCGGUACAAUACUAAACAAGUAUUGCUGUUUUAAUUCCCUCCACAAGCUUUACCUUCUCUCUAAAGCUUAGUAACUCUAUCGUGUGGCCGUGUGUUGUUGCGGCCGGUUUAGUAAACAACAUACCCAUUCAAGAGUACACAUACACACGUGCGGCGGUAUUUCUGCACGGUCAAUUAAGCCAAAUCGCCAUCAAUUCGAUCCGCUACGAAAUCAUGAGCCGUGUUUUUGUUAUCGGUAUUAGUUAGAGGACCAUUAACGCGUUAAGUGCUAAAGUGUGCUCCGGUCCGGUUUCGCGUGUUUUCGGGUUAAUUCCGCUGCCACCACUCGAGUCUGCUGCUGCUGCGAUGGCGCUAAAGCUGCUCCCCAACAGUGCGCUAGCUUUGCGAAAGUUUAACAAGUACCUGCGUAAAAAUGUGAAAGAUCAAUCGGCCAGCAUAUUGCGCCUGUGGACAACGCAGUGCGAGUUCGUCUUUGCUCAACAGCUGCGAAGAAGCCAACAAAUAUUUGCUCACUAUGCCAAGAUCUGGGAGGAACGCGCCCUGCGCGAAUUGCUGCGACGGUUCCGGGGACAGGUGCAACGACAUGCCAAAGGGUUCAUGCUGUCGUCCGCCGCGCUGCUCACGUUUGAUUGGGAGCGUGAAAGAAUCGAGCUUGAGUCGGUGCAGGAACACAUGGAUGACUUCCAAUUUCUGGAGCGCCUGCAGCUGGAAACGAUCUACUGCAAGCGGUGCGAGAAGCGAAAGUUGAUCGAUGGCCGCGUGGAGGGCAUCACCUAUUGCUGCUGUCCGAAGAAUGUGACAGAAAUGCUGUCCGCCGAGCCAAAUGUGUACACCGCCUGGGAACCGUACAUUGAGCAGAAGCGCAUGAUAACGUGGCGGCAGGAAAUUAAGCCGGGACUGUUUGCCUACAAAGUUUACGUAGAAUAUCCCGACGUGACGGCGGAGGACUUCCUCCACGUGCAGAUCGAUGUGGAGUAUCGCAAAAAGUGGGACAAUACGGCCGUCAAUUUGGAGGUUAUAGACGAAGAUUCGGCCAAAGGAUCCAACAGUCACAUCAUCUACUGGGAAGCUUUAUGGCCAAAACUGUUCGCCAAUCGGGAUUACGUCUACAAUCGGCGGUUCUUUGUCGAUCGUAGCCGGCGCGUGAUAAUGAUCGUGAACAAAAGUGUGGAACACCCCAAGUGUCCGGCCAAGCCGCACACGCAGCGGGUGCACGAGUACUGGAGCUAUAUGGUAAUCAAGCCGACGACCGCCUUCAACAAGCCGGGCGUUUCGUUCGUGCUAACCUACUUCGAUAAUCCGGGACUGUCGAUACCAAAGUACAUUACCACCUGGGUGGCCAAAAAGCAGAUGCCCGACUUCCUGCGGCAGCUGCACCAGGCGACGGUGAACUAUGCGAAAGCGAAACGGCAAAACGAGACACGCAUCAUCGAGUUUUGGGAUAAGCACAAGGAUCCCGGGUUCGAGUACCCGCCCGAUACGCUGCUCGGGUACAGCACGGAAGAUUUCAACGAGGCACAAAAGCAGGAGGAAGAAUCUAGUCUACAGCAAGUGGUAGAAAAAAAGCUGAAAUUUUGGCGCUACAUAUUGUUUAAAAUUAAAUAGAAUGCUCCAACGAUAAGCACUAACGUUAGGACUCUAAAGUAUAGGCGCGAAUAGUCAACGAGCGAGUAAGUAACACGCAAUUAUGCCGAGACAAAUCCAACAUCUCGCACGUUGCCACCUUCAGCAACCGCAAAGUCGAAUGUUGAGUUGGUGCUGCAGAACGACAAAAACAGUAUCGCAAGCGGCGGUACUACGGUGGAAACGUGCGAAAGCCCACCGGAAGACAGCACCGCUCCGGUCAAACACUCAUCCUGGUGGAGCUACUUGUACUCUUACAUCUAUUUCGUCUGAACUUAGCUCCCCACAACCAUGCGAAGGGGGAGGACAACUCUUUGACGCUUGCACGGUAGUUAAACUUUCGGUAGAACGCACGAUAGGAAACGCAAGUGCAGGUUUGUUCAGCUCUUAUCGUUCGCGUGACGAGACUAGUAGUAUACGCGCGCGUAAAAUACCUCAACAAGUUUUGCCAGUUAAUGCAUCGUUUGCGACCGUUUAUAAGUGUAAGUGUAGGAAAACGCAACGGAAGGCAAGCUAUUGCUUUAGUACAGUGACGGAUAUUGUUUAUUAACCCGCGACACGUUGCGUUGUGCAAACUGGUGUGAUUCAUUUUUUAAUUGUGUCGAAAGCUUUGCGUUUGUUUGUUUGUUUGUUUGUUUGUUUGUUUGUGGUCUGUUUGUUGUAGUCCAGCCAGGACAGAACGGUGAUGUGCAAUUGCUUUAUUUUAUUUAGGUUUUGAAACGAUUCGUGCUUGUAAAUACCAAAAGAGUUAAUACGCGUAAAUUAACGUUAUAAUACCACCCCGUCAUACCAUACCGUACACACAAUCGUUAAGCAAUAGUGUAGGGAAUUGGAUUCGAGUACCUUCGCGUGGAAUAAUGUUCUUAUUUGUUAAAUCCUAUAUAAAGUAGCAUCAACCAAUUGAAAUGAA